AUGAAAGUGUUUGCGUUAUUCCUCGUCGUUGUUGUGUUUUCGACGGCCCAUGGAUUUGUGGUUGUGGACCAUCACCCCAAAAGAUGCGCAUUGGGAACUGCUACCGUCUUGGCGGCGACUCGUGAUUUGAAAGACGACGAGCCACCAGUGGAGGAACAAGCACAAGCACAAUCGGUCAGUUGGAAACGCCGCGCAUGGUCGCAACUGCAACAAGUGCUGUGGCCGGGUGCCCAGCCAGAUCCUCAUUUCUCCGAGCCUCUUCCUCCUGGUUCGUUGGGAUGUCCCUUUUUCGGCAGUGAGGGCUUUUUGAGCGGCAACAAGGUGGACGGUCCCGGGUAUUUUUAUCGCCAGCAAAGUGCCAGCGAAGGACACCCCACGGUGGUCAAAUUCUACUUUUUUGGAACACCCGUGGCGUCCGUGUCCGGUGCCGAGUGGGUCAAAAAGUUGACUGCCAUGGAAUUUUCUCAAACCGAAGCACUCAGUGCGUCCUUUAAUGACAAUGAGGACGGCACUACUGCGCGUGGUACUGCCAAAGAGGACAUUCCUUCCGUCUUUGGAACGGACAAUAUUAUGUUUGAACGCAACAAAAAACUACACUCCUUCCUCAGACGCCUCGUGGGAAAGGGAGUCAGUACUCCCGCCGUCAAGACAUAUUUCAAGCCGCUGCAGCAGUUGGUCACCAAUCGCUUUCACGACAGUCAACUCCUCGCAUCCUCCAACAACAACAACGACAACAACAAUAACGCCGCAAUAUCCAUGGAAUCCUUUUGUCAUGAAUACACAUUGGAUGUCACGCAAAACUUGGUCUUGGGCCUCGACUUGGCACCGCAAGAAGUCGCCGUCUUUCGCCAAAAAUUGGUCACGUGGUUGGGCGCACUCUACUCUCCGCUGGUGACACUCGUCAAAACUCCCUGGAUUGUCCAACACUUGCCCGAAUAUCACGCCCGCCACUAUAUUCAGGACAAGAUUGAAGCCAAAAUCGAUGCGUUAUUGGAGAGUGGCAUUCCCGAAGAUUCCGUCUUGAGCAGCAUGGUCUUUGCCGUGGAUGAUGAUGAGAAUGACACUAACGACAAUAAUGGCACCAAACGACGACUGACACGCCAACAAAUUGUCGAAAACAGUCUCUUGCUCAUUAUUACCGGGUCGGAAAGUUCCGCCGGAACCUUGACGCUCAUCAUGUUCUUGCUAGGGUUGCAUCCGGACAAGUACCAGAAACUCGUACAAGAACAACAAUCCAUCAUUCAACAGUUUGGACCGGAACUCACACAGGACAUUCUCGAGAAUCACUGUCCCUAUUUGAAUGGAGUGCGAAAGGAAGCAUUGCGCAUCGGUGCCGUGACCGGUGGGUAUCCCAAACGGGCCAAAGGCACCAUCCUUGCCGAUGGCGUGCAAAUACCCAAAGGAUGGAGUGUCUUUUGCAACAUUCGAUUGACGCAUCUCCUCGAUCCCGUGGCGCGCUUGUCCGACAAUUCACACAUGUGCGUGUUCCAGGGAUUUCAACCGGAACGGUGGUUUUCACCCGAAACGACUCCCUCGGACUUUAUGCCCUAUGGGUCCGGUCCUCGUCGGUGUUUUGGAAAACCAUUGGCCAAUUUGCAAAUGCAGCUCUUUCUGGCGACAUUGGCCCGGAAUGUCCAGUCGUUUGAACUGGAAAAGGAUUAUCAGGGAGGAAAAGUCCCUGUCGAAUGGUAUCCUAGUACAAUCACACCCCGACCAAGCGAUGGGACCAUGGUGAAGAACGUUGUAACAUUCUGA